CAGACUCCCAGAUACAACGUUAGAGUAAUGCAAUUUCUCGAUUGAAAACAUACCGAAAUUGUGUUUUUAAUGAAGAGAUUUACAUUUAUUCCACGAAUGAAACGCGAUUCAUUUUUAUAAAACUCUCACAAUCACAAUCACAACGCAAGCAUCUCGCACAAUAGUCGUACGAAAUAGAAAAAGUUAAUUUGUGAUUGAAUGAGAAGACAACAGCACUCAGAUAGCGCGACACAUGCUUCUCUCUCGUUGUUUGCACAAAUACUACAACACAAUGAACAGUUUGAAAAAGUCGCAUAAAAAGCUUGCCGUACUUAAGCUUGUCGCCGCUAACUCAUUCAGUUUCGUUUAAUUGGUGCUGUAGAACAGAUGCUGUUAAAGUCUUCCCCGUCUGCGUCAUUAGUGUGAAGUGAAACAGUUUUGAUCGCAACACCAACCAAUACUUUCGGUCAUUCUGGACCGAAAAAUCUUGUGUUUAUCAGCAGCAGUGGCACAUAGUUCAACAGCAACAACAAAAACAACAACGAAAUUAAAAGAGAAGAAGUGACGAAGAAUCGAAGCGAUAAGUGUUCAGUGUAUUGAGUUGUCUGGCCCUCGUGUUAAUGUUAGUGUUGAAUAACCAAAAAGACGAUUCCGUUGUCAUGAAGAUAACGAUGGAUUUGACUCAUACCCUGCUUCUGCUGGCAGCUGUUGUUUGCUCAGCAAAUGCAUUCUCAAAAUAUGGUCGUACGUGCAAGGACAUAGGUUGUUUGCCGAGUGAGUCUUGCGUUAUUGCCAGUGAUUCGUGCAGCUGGAGCCAACAAGAGGGAAAGGAAUGCGGUUCAUACCCAACAUGUAAAAAGUCGAGCACCGUGAACAAUUCACCGGGACAAGAUUCAGAUGGAUCACCACACAAUACUGCGACACGUCGACCGUAUGCACCGCCUUCAUCUAACUCCGGCGGAAAUGCGCCGCCAAUGCAACCAAAUCCUCAAGCUCCGAACAGUGGUGGAAAUUUGUAUCCAAGCAUUCCAAAUGCUCCAAGUGCACCGAGUGCGCCAAAUCCAGGAAACCAAUACCCCGACCCAUACGGUGGUGGAAAUAGAAACCCGAGCGCACCAAACCCAUACGACCCAUACAACGGAAACAGAAACCCGACCGCACCAAACCCAUACGACCCAUACAACGGAAACAGAAACCCAAGCGCACCAAACCCAUACGACGGCAAUCGUGACCGAAACCCAUACGGAGGCAGAGACCCAUAUGAUGACAGAAAUGACAGAAACAAAGGUUCAUCAUCAGGGGGCUCAUCUACAUUCGGUGAUAUUUUCAACUUUUUGCGUAGUGGCGGUAGCAGCGGUGGAGGCGGCAGUAGCGGAAAUAGUGGUAACCGUUAUGGUAGUGGUGGCCUAGGUGGCUCAGGCUCAGGUGGCCUUAGCUAUGGUGAUAUAUUCAAUGCUCUGUCUGGCGGCGGCAGCAAUCGCGGAGUAUCAGGAAGCGGCGGCGGUUUCUCGGACAUUUUGAACUCAUUCGGAAAUCGUGGAUCAAGUGGAAAUCGUGGUGGCUUUGGUUCCGGCUCCGGUGGCUUUGGGGGUAGUUCAAGUGGUUCAGGUGGUUUGACUGAUAUUUUGUUCGGACGAGGAGGUGCUGGUGGACAACAGCCCCAGCCCCAGCCCCAACCAGCAUCGUCCGGCGGUUCCAGCUCAAAUAACGGAGGAAGCUUUUUGUCUGGAAUUUCAUCAAUUUUCGGUCAACAGUUGGCUGAUUCUUUGGUGCGAAAUGCUCUAUCAGGAAAUCGUGGGGGUAGCUCAUCGGGUUCUGGGGGAGGUGCUUCAGACAUUAUCAAUAGUUUCCGCUACGGAGGCUUGUUCAACGAGAAAAAUGGACACGAUGCAGAUAAACCAAAAGUUACAGUCAGUGGAGCAGGACCAGGUGGGUAUCCAACACAAGCACCAUAUCGUCCCGGUGGCAAUAAUCCAGCCCAAAAUCCAAAUACAUAUCAAAACCAGAAUGCUCAAAAUGUAAACAGAAACAACGUUUCGAACGCAGCUCCACAAUCACAAGGAUCACAAACAUCAAAUAGAGCAAACCCGUAUGGAUGGAGCGUCGGCCAAAACUAAAUCAAAAUCCAAAUUUUGACAAGAGCACAUCGUCCACACAGAUUGACCAUAACAAUAUUUGCUAGGAACUUUGUUUGAGAUUCUAAUUUACUAAUUGUAAUAUAACUCAUUUUCUAUAAGAUUUUAAUGCAAGGACACUGUCUCUCAGUUCGAGAGUCUCAGAUAGACAAUAGCAAACAGUUUACAAAAACCAUUUCAUUGAAUAAUGCAUACUGUUAGGGAUCAAAAGCUGAACCAAAUCGCAUGACGCAAUUCAGUAGAGAUCAAGUUCAUGUAUAUACAUAAGAUAGUUUUGAAUGAAUUUCACAUGUAUUUACAAUUUAAGCAAUGUACACAAUUCACUCUGUCAAUGUAAACGAUUUCGGUUUGGUCCGGACUCACUCACUCACUCACUCACUCACCGAUGAUAUCUAAAAUUUCAAACGAACCAAUUUUGCUCAUUUAUUGUGAAGACACUUUACAAAAUCAAUAAAGCAAUACUCUCACAUGGAAAAA